AUUGAGAACAUUCACCGCAUCUAGCGGUAACAUGGUUUCCAGUUGCAAGAUGACGCCAUGGCUGAUGGCAAUCUUUUGUCUGGCGACGGCAGGCUGUACGAAUGUUACGGAUCAGCAAACAUCAGAAACUACUCACAAUCAUCAAGUGGCUAUCUUGAAACAAAUCAGGAAGGUUAACGAAGACGGCUCGUAUACUUAUGGAUACGAGGCUGGCGAUGGUUCAUUCAAGGUCGAGACCCGUGACGUUCUAGGCAACAUCAAGGGUACGUUCGGUUUCGUCGACGCCGAGGGUGAAAUAAAGAGAGUCUCGUAUUCGUCAUCUAACGGAACGGGCUUUAAAGCGACGUCCGUAUCGCCAUUACAGGAACACAUAUCGGUGGUCCAGAGUAUACCACGUGUCAAUCGUACCAGUAGUAGCAGCAGUACCAGCAGUAGCAGUACCAGUAGUAGCAGUACCAGUAGUAGUACUAUCAAUAGCAGUAGUACGACGACGACAAAGAGGCCUAACUUAAUGUACGGUUCGACGGAAGCUACGACCAAAUCGUCGGUCGUCCAAUCUAUUCCAAGAACGAGAAAGACAGCGACAACAUCGACGACAUCUACAACGACACAAACUACGAGUACCGAAUCGGCCAAAAAUAUAUUCAAUCAUUAUUUAAAAGGUAAUAACAAAAGUAGACCUCGUUUCGUGAUAAAUGGUCAACAGAGACCAAUCGGAGUCGAGGAAGAUCCCGAGGACGUCGAGGAUUCACAAAUAAAUCGUCCAAGUGUUGAAGAGAAAAAUAAUGGCUAUCGUAGAAUAUUAUUUGCCAAACGUCCUAUCGAACAAAAUUUAAGACCCAUAACCGAGGAUUUCGUUGAAAAGGAUGAUGAUCCUAAAAUAUCGACUGGUAAUAAUUUAAGACGUCAACUUCACGACGAUGUCACCAAAGCGAGUAUCUCUUCGAUGGAUAACAACAACAACAGCAAUAACAACAACAACAAUAAUAACAACGAUGAACAUUCCGAUGUUUACAGUGGUGCUCUGUCAACGACACGGCCUUUAUUUACAACUACUACUCCGUCUAGAGUCAUUCAACGUAUUCCUGGGACGCGUCUCGAUAGACCUAAAAUAUAUGUCAAUCGAGAAAAUUUAGGACCCGUUAGAUUCGACGAUCCAAAAUACGAAAGUCCUAGGGUUUACGAACCUGAAGCUAAGUCUACCCUCGAAGAACAAACGUCUACUCAACCGAUUCUGUUACGUGGACCACCAAGAAUACCUGUUGAUAAUAGAGAUUAUCUUAGACAGACAACAGAACCGAUUUUCGUACGUGGACAAAGUGAAUCAUAUGUUCAAGAAUUACAACCGAGAGUUUUGUUACCUGGCCAACAAAAUAAUAUCGAGGAGGAGCCAGCAUAUAGACAUAUACCGAUUGGUAGAAUUUUGUAUAGGCCUGUUACGACUCAGCAACAACUUUAUAGUACCACCACAGAUCCCAAUGUUCAUUAUUUAGCUGACAAUCCUACGGUCGAAACGGACGACGAGUCACGAAUGCCGAUAAAUCAGAAUUACGUCAGACCAAGACCAUAUUCGAGACCAUUGAUCUAUCAAGAAUUGGAAGCAAGGGCUAGACCUAUUGUCAGACCAAUUCCUCAAUCAUCAACACCAGCUCAUCAUCACAUAGAAGAUCGAGAAUAUCAACAGACUACACCCGAUUAUGUCUAUCGUACAACGCCAAUAGCUUUACCACCGGAACCACCAAAUCCAAUAGCACCACCAUUAAGUCGACGAGAUUUUCAAAUGUUACUUAGACGUUUAUUGGUCAGUCAAUAUGGCGUACAAGCUCUUACUUAUCCAAAAACUUAUUUGGAGGAUGCACUUUAUGAUCAACAGCCUUAUCCUUCUUAUCAUACGGGAUAUCAAACUCCCAUUCCAAGGCCUGAUCUUUCUUCUUACGAUCAACAAGUAAACAUGCAAUAUGGCGAUCGUGUUGCAUUGAGACGUCCUCCGGUUUAUACAAGAGGAUUGAAUCCUCUUUAUCAAGCACCUCAUCAGUACGACGAUUAUCAAGAUGGCAGAUUUACACCUAAACGUGUUUAUAGACAAAAGUUUUAUACUCAAGAGAUUAAUGACGACGGCGAUGAAAUUUUACCGGCACCUAUCAGAGAGGCAUUACUUUUGAGAAUGCUACAAUUGGCUAUUAACGCUGAACGACCAGCCGUUCUACCAAACACAAUGAUCAGUAGUACGACAACGCCAACUUCGAGAUACAGAAAAACGGGUCCAGUAAGAAGCGUACAAAUUAUUACCGACGAGUCUGACGAAGAUAAGGACAUCAUGAACAAGAAGAUGUAACUUUCAUUUUCUUCUUUCUUUCUUUCUUUCUUUCUUUCUUUUUCUUCAUUUCCUUUUAAUAUCUCGUUUUUACGUCGAUUCUUCGUUCCUUCUUUAUUAACUUUUUUUUUUUUCGUUUUUGUUUUUUUUGAAUCUUUUCUAUCAAUCCACGCAGCACCUUCCCACGUCACUUCACAAUUGAUCAAAGAAAUAAGAAUAAUAU